ACACAAAAUGGAUACACCAUUUAUGAAUACUGAUUGAUUCUCUCUACGUCGUUCCCUUCCCCUUCAAUGUCAUUAUCAGUUUCUUAAACUCAAGAGUUCCUCUUUCAAUGCAAUCAAUAGAUUCUUUAAUUCAGUUGUUCCUCUUCAAUAGACAUGUCCGUUUCCAGCCACCCCCACAAAUGGUACCUGCAACUUCGUUCCCUUCUUAUCAUCACCCUCUUCCUGGGAAUCCUUCAUGAGGACCGAUGAGACCUGGUCUAGGGCUCAAAUUCACCUUCAACUUUGUGCACGCGCUUUACUCUUCGACAAAGCUUGCGUCUCGCUCUUCCCCCGCUCCAAUCGCUCUUCUCCCUCUUCUAAUUCCAAGCUCAAUCCCAAUUAUUUGCAGUUGCACGGGGAUGAUGUUUAUUACACUCUGGAGAAUCCUACACAAAAUGUGGCACAGCCAUCUAAGAUUAGCUGAAGUAUGCUUUCUCUUUUCAACGUAUGUUUUAUUAAUCAGAGUUAGCAUCCACACUUGCAGAUGAUUUGAUCAACAAUGGGAAAGAAAGGUGGUUAGUUAUCUACUGUGAAAAAAGCUAUAAGCCAUUCUGAUUCCAGUGAGAAGAUAGACAAGAAAUCUGGUAAAAAGAGUUCAAACAAAUAUUGGUUUGGAAACAGAAAGAGCAGUAGGAGUGUGGAUAAAGAUUUGUCACAAACAGAAACAACAGUAGGGGAUUUUGUUAAUCUCAAUGAAGCCGAGAAUGAACAGAGCAAACACGCAUAUUUGGUUGCGUAUGCGACCUCUGUGGCGGCAGAAGCAGCGGUGGCAGCCGCCCAUGCAGCCACUGAAGUCGUUCGCUUGACGUCCACUGUGCAUUCGUCGAGUAAAUCCGCAGAAGAAAUGGCUGCUAUCAUUAAUUUCAUCUUCAUUCCACCUACUUAUUUAUAAUAAAGGUCCAUCACUAAUUCAUUAAUUUCAUUUUAAUUUUUAUAGCUUUAAUAUAUCUUUAAUUCACUAAUUUGUCUCAAAUUAGCAAACUUUAAUAUGGGUUUUGACUUGAUCAUCAAAAAAACACGCUAUAUGCUUUAUUAAUGAUGCAAUUAUGAUACCCACACGAUUAUUGCCUUAUUGGUCCAAUCUGUGACAAGUUUCUGUCAAAAUUUCUGCUUUUUUAUCAAAACGUCGUCGUCUUGUUCUUCAUGCCUGUUAUUAACUUUAUAACUUAUGAUUGAUGGCUAAAUGUUUGGAAAUGAUAUUUGUUUGCAGUGUAUUUAAUGAAUAAAAAAGGGGUUUUUUAGUUUAUUGAUUUUAAAUAAAUCUUGAUUGUUUUUAUGGGCAAUUCAUGUCGUGGAUCUCUUGGAGACAAAGAAGUUAAGAGCUUAAAUCAACCAAAAAACAGAUCCGGUAAUGGUGAACUACCCGAUCAACAACCGUCUUCAGGCGGCCGGAUUGACAACUUGAACCACCCUCGAAAGGUCACAUCUGAAGAACUAUCCAAGCACUCGAACCGCAACCCGAAACCCAAAACUGUUGUCGAAAACGACGACACCAUGAACCGCAACACCACUGCGAAUCAAGGUUUCUAUGUGAUCAGGAAUAAGACCGAAAAUAUUUGUCAUCUUUACACAUUGGGUCAAAAGCUAGGCCAGGGUCAAUUUGGGACAACAUAUUUAUGCAAAGAGAAUUCGAAACGAAAGUUGAUUUCGAAAGAAGACGUAGAGGAUGUGAGGAGGGAGAUUAAGAUCAUGCACCAUUUGGCCGGCCACAAGAACAUUACCACCAUUAAAGGUGCAUAUGAAGAUCCGUUAUACGUUCAUAUUGUAAUGGAGCUUUGCAAUGGUGGAGAGUUGUUUGAUAGGAUUAUUCAAAAGGGGAAUUAUAGCGAGAGGAAAGCAGCUGAAUCGAUCAAGAUUAUUGUUGAUGUCAUUCAAGUGUGUCAUUCACUUAGAGGAAAGAUUGCUGAUGAACUGAAGAGAGCUGAUGCAGUUGUUCUUACGUAUGUGUGUGAUGAGCCUUCUACACUUGAGCGAUCGAGUACUUUCUGGCUUCCUGAACUCAGACGAUUGGAGUUUGGCAACAGGUUUUGGUACCGGAGUCAUGAUAUCAUUGGCUACUGGUAUGAGAGGCCCGGAAGUAGUGUCGGUUGGUGUUAUGUUUGCUCUUGUGAAUGGUGGACUUAUUAAGGAUACCUUGUUACUUUUUUGUUUGUCUUUCUUGUGAAAUAUCUUAGACAUGACAAUUUUGAUUCCCUUGCUUUCAAAUUGGUCAAUUUAUGUUAUAUAUUAUCUCUAACAAGGUCAAA